AUGAUCCAGGACGACAUUCACAAACAACAGCGCCGUGAUUGGCCAGCCGUUCUAGACGUGAUCCCACGCGAGGAGGAAGGGGCGGUCCCCGAGCUUGUGGAGGUUGUGCAGCUGCCCUCUGCCAUUGUCUGCGGUGGCGUCUCGUUGGACCUCUACCCGAGGGGAAUCCAGGAGGAGUUCAUCACCCUACCGUGGGAAAUUGUUGAGGCAAAGAUCCAGAUCCCACUCCCGACAGAGGCCUCCGGCAUCGAGCCUGUGCAGGAAGCGAGAGAAACCUGUGACGACCUCCUGCAGUCCAUCUCGGCGAUUCUCUCCAAAGAGGACAGCCUCCGGAGGAUUGGUGGCGUGGAGAUCGAGGACGACGGCGCGUAUCGGAACGUCACGCUGCCCAUCGCCAUCUUUCUGAGCAAGGAGAGCUCCUGUCGGGACAUUAUCGAG